CAGAUACGUAAAAAACUCAGCAGGACAACACGCAGCAAGUGAAGUGGAAAGCGACCCCUGUUCUGCUCCCUCUACGGAGAACUUUUAAACGAGGCGAAUCACAUAGAAGAGAAAGUUGGUCAGGAUCCCUCCGGUCUUGUGCACUUCACAAACGCGCUUAUUUUGUCUCUUUAUGCCAGUGAGUUGACCUUGUCUGGACUAGAAGGUGCCGUGGAGGCGCAAGACGCACAUUUUUGCUCUUGUAUCCAGGUGAGCAAGGUCUAACCCAUGACGGCAGAGAUCCAGCAGCCACAAGCGCAGACUCCUGCCCAGAGCAGCCCCAUGUCUGCUCCGGACAAGGCGCACGGACAGACCGCGGUGAUGGAAACCGCCUCCUCCACCACGAAAGCCAAAAAGACAAACGCAGGCAUCCGUCGACCGGAGAAACCUCCUUACUCCUACAUCGCCCUCAUAGUCAUGGCCAUCCAGAGCUCUCCCACCAAGCGACUCACCCUAAGUGAAAUCUACCAGUUCCUGCAGAGCCGCUUCCCCUUCUUCAGGGGUUCCUACCAAGGGUGGAAGAACUCAGUGCGCCACAACUUAUCCCUUAACGAGUGUUUCAUCAAGCUGCCCAAGGGUCUUGGUCGACCGGGAAAGGGCCACUACUGGACUAUCGACCCUGCGAGUGAGUUCAUGUUCGAGGAGGGCUCCUUUAGGAGGAGACCCAGAGGCUUCAGGCGCAAGUGCCAAGCGCUGAAACCCAUGUACAGCAUGAUGAACGGCUUGGGCUUCAACCACAUCCCAGACUCAUACAACUUCCAGGGCAGCGGAGGGGGGCUAUCGUGUCCGCCUAAUAGCUUGUCUCUGGACAGCGGGAUCGGGAUGAUGAACGGACACCUGGCGGGAAACAUGGAGAGCAUGGCUCUCUCCGGCCAUUCCAUGACGCACUUGUCGGCCAAUAGCGGACACUCGUACAUGGGGAGCUGCACUGCACCCACCGCUGGUGGAGAUUACCCCCACCACGACAACUCCGCCUCGCCUCUGCUCACCAGCGGUGGUGUCAUGGAGCCGCACCCGGUCUACUCCAGCCCGGCCUCGGCGUGGGCUCCAUCUCCGGCCUCGGCCAGUCUGAACAACGGGGCUUCUUACAUCAAGCAACAGCCUCUCUCUCCGUGCAACCCGGGAGCCAACCCGCUGCAGCCCAGCCUGCCCACACACACACUGGAGCAGCCUUACCUGCACCAGAACAGCCACACGACUACAGACUUACAAGGCAUCCCUCGGUACCAUUCCCAGUCUCCCAGCAUGUGUGACCGGAAAGAGUUCGUCUUCUCCUUCAACGCCAUGACGUCCUCCGCCAUGCAUUCACCAAGCAGCGGCUCCUAUUACCAUCACCAUCAGCAGGUCUCCUACCAGGACAUCAAGCCGUGCGUCAUGUGAUGCUAUACGGCGUGGCCCGCAGGCAAGCUGGGUUCGGCUCAGCUGCAAUGAGAAGGAAGAGGAACCACCGAGGGACGCGAAGGCCUCACAAAAAGAGCGCGGACUACUUUUUUUUCGUCUUCCACCUCUCUCCACCACUCUCACACACACAUAUCGACAAGAGCAACAGUGACGAUGAUAACAAUAAUAAUAAUAAUAAUAUAUAAUAAUACAAACUUUUACAUGCCGUCAUCAAGGAGCAGCAGGGUAGAAGACCUCUGCUGAUGUUUGGUACUAAGUCCUGCAGCGCGGAUGACUACCACUCACACCUUUUUGUCCAGCGUUUAUUAUUUUUCUUCCAUCAUGUAAAAAUGCACAAGUCUAAUUUUCUGUUUUUACUUUACUUUUGCAUAUUACACUCUCUUUUUUUGGACUUCCAGUGACAUUAACAAUUGUGGACAUUUCAUUUAUUUGUCCAUUAUACUGUAUACAAAUGAUUAAGGCACUUUUUGAAUAGCCUAUAAGCGCAACUUUCUAUUUAUUCUAAAAGCCUGCAUUUUUUUAAUUUCAGGCGAAUUGGCCAAGGAGGUGUUAUGCUUUAUUGGCAAUAUUUGUCAGGAGGCUUGUAAUUAGUUUUAAAAUGAAAAUGGAGGAUAUAAUGUAAGCACCGUUUAUGUCGUUAGGUUAGACCAUUCAUGUCAGCACUGUGUAUUAUUCUAUACUGUUGGAGAAUUUAGCGAGGGCCAUCUUUAUUACAAUUUGUAAGAAAUAAUAAAAAAAAUACAUCUGUUGGGCUUUUCACGCCCAAAUUUCCCCAAAAAGGAGAUGUUUAAAUGUUGUCAGUCAAACACUUGAACAAAUUAAAACUCAAUCUGACUGAGUCUAAUUUAUCUGAUUAUAUUUUUUGCUUAUUUUGCAAAAAGGUGCACUGCAGUAAGAUGAGAAUUUCUUGGAUAGGGCUGAAAAUGACCUCAGACAAUAUUUUGUCAAUGUAGUGUCAAACGAUUCCAUAAAAAAACUAAGCUUAAUUGAUGCAAAACUGGUGAUUCAUUUGUUUUUGAAAUUAAUUUCAAUAUUACAAAAUUAAAAUAUCUUUUAAAAACCACACACGAAAUUCAUUUAUGCAAAGGCAUAAUUAUAUCUGCAUGAUAUAACAUUAGGUGUACACCUGUAGU